AUGGCUGCCCCAGUUUGGACCAUGGCAGGGACAACUCCUGGCCAGCUGGCAGGGCACCAGCCAUGGAACCUGCAGUCACCCACCGCGCCAUGGGGGACCACCACUCUCAGCAUUGACAACGCUUUCAUGCCAACAGGAACUACAAUUGCACAAUUCUAUGCAUCAAACCCGCUGAACAAAGCCCUGACGAGAGCAGCCGUGAGGACUGUUAUUGAGAGGCAAGUGUCCAGCGGGAGGAACCCUGAGGUAGCCAGCAUCAGUGUCGGGGGGAAGGUGCUGGUGGAGGUGCUGUUCAAGACCGAGGAAGGCUGGAAGUACUUCAAGAGGAUCCAGGACAGCGGCCGUCUGAGGCUGGGGCUGGAGGACGAACUGAGGAAAAUAAACUUCCCAGGGACCAAGCCCUUCCCAGGCUCCCCACAGGCUGCCUCUGCCUCCAAGUACAAGCGGUACCCGGGCAUCUCCAUACACUUUGAGCCACUUCAGCAUACAGCAGCUACAGCAGCCUCCCCCUUGCCCCAGCUGGCCCUGACCCCUCCCACCCCAGCGGUGGCCCCGGCCCAGCCAGCCUUCCCCGGCGUCCCAUUCUCCACCUACGGCAGCAUGCCAUCCCUACAGUACGGCAGUUCUCCUCCCCGGGCCAGCUCCCUUCCGCAGCCCUCCGUAGACAGCCGACGCUCAUCUGUGGACACCCUCCCCUUCACAAUUUCCUCCGCGAAGAGUUCUCCUCCCGAAGACUUGACCCAGCGAACGUCGCUGUCGUCCCACGACUCUCUGCGAUCAUCCAGCCUCUCUCCUUUCAUCACGGCCGGCUCUCCGCCUGGCUCUCUUCACUCCGGUGUUACCUCCGUUGCCUCCUCCAUCCAGAGGUCCACCCUCGGGUCCUCACCGACAAAGAGCUCCGAGUUCGGCUCUUCUCUUCACUCGACGUCCCCCUUCGUGGGGUCUCUCCCACACGGGAGCAGCCAGUUUGGUGGAACGGCCAGCUCGGGGCUGUUGUCCAUCAGCAGAUCGCCCCCCUCGGACCACGGAUCUCUGCCGUUCUCUGCUUCUCCACUCAUGGGCUCCUCCAGGAGAGCGUCUGUAGAAAGUUUGAGUCUGCUGCAGCAAUCAACAGGACUACCAAUGUCUUCAUUGCAGAGCACGCUGCACACCCUACCGUGGCAGAAGCCUGAAGAAGAGGUUGCAGGCUACAUCCUGAUCAGGGCCCUGGGGAGCGGCAGUUUCGGGGAGGUGUGGCUCGGCAGGAACAGGAAGGACUGGAAACAGUAUGCGAUGAAGCGUGUCUCGAUGCUGGAACGUUCUGAAGACGAGAGAGAAGCAGCCCUGCAGGAGUCUGAGGUGCUGCGAGACCUGAAACAUCCCAACCUGGUGGGGUACAAGGAAGCCUUCGAACAGUUUGGUUACCUGUACAUCGUGAUGAACUACUGUGACGGAGGUGACCUGUUCACCAGGCUGAAGGGGCAGAGCGGCCGGCCUCUGGAGGAACCUGUGCUGGUCGAGUGGUUUGUGCAGAUUGCCAUGGCGAUACAGUACCUUCACAACCACAACAUCAUCCACCGUAACCUGACCACCCGGAACAUCUUCCUGACCUUGAGGUACCGUCUGCUGAAGGUCGGAGACAUCGGGCUGCCCGCGGUGGUGGAUGGAACGCGCUCCAUGGCGGAGAAGCAGAAGGCCAAGGGCAUGGCCUGCUACAUGAGCCCCGAGUCACUCGCAGGGCGGCAACACACCAAGGAGGCUGAUGUGUGGGCUCUGGGCUGCUGCCUGUAUGAGAUGGCCUCCCUAAAGCACGCCUUCCCAUUCUACGACAGGGACAUCAACAACCUGGCCCUCAAAAUCGUCAAAGGAAAGAUGGGUCCACUAUACAACAGUUACAGCCGCGACCUUGUGGAUCUGACCAAGGACAUGCUGCAGAUAGAACCUGACCAGCGCCCGACGGUGCGGACCAUCCUCCGCACCAAGUUCAUCAAGAAACACGUGGCAAAGUUCCUGGAGGAAUCCAUCAGAGAGUAA